AUGGCGUCUUCGUCUUCGUCUUCGUCUUCCUCCUCCUGCAAAUUGAGCCUCAGGAAGUACGAUGUUUUCUUGAGCUUCAGGGGUGAAGACACCCGCAAGACGUUUGUUGAUCACAUCUACUCUGCCCUGCACCAAAAAGGGAUUGGAACUUUUCAGGAUGGCGAGAAACUCGAGAGAGGAAAAUCAAUCCGUCCAGAACUCUUAAAAGCCAUCGGAGAAUCAUCCAUUGCGAUCAUCGUGUUCUCGAAAAACUACGCUUCUUCAUCUUGGUGCUUGGAUGAGCUUGUGGAGAUUAUAAAACAACACAAGGAAACAAAUCAAAUCGUUUAUCCAGUGUUCUAUGGCGUUGAUCCAUCGGAGGUGCGUAAGCAGGAAGGGUUAUUUGGGGAAGGGUUCGCGAUACACGAAGGGGGAAAGGUGGAAGUGUGGAGAGACGCUCUAGUGGAAGCAGCCAAUUUAUCUGGAUGGGACACGAAGGCGAUAGCCAAUGGUCAUGAAGCAGAAUGUGUAAAAGCAAUUAUAAAACACAUACAAGGCUCCUUGUAUCACAAAUACUCGAUUAUUGAAGAGAAACUAAUAGGAAUCAUACCUCGAGUGGAGAAGGUGAAGUCGUUACUAAGAAUGGAAUUGAGGGAAGUCCGCAUGAUAGGCAUAUGGGGAAUGGGUGGUUCAGGUAAGACUACAAUCGCCAGAUAUGUAUUUAGGGAACUCUCACAUCACUUUGACAACACAAGAUUUGUAGUAAAUGUUAGAGAAAUUGCAGAAAAAUCUGGUUUGCAUUCUGUACAACAAGAGUUGCUCUUAUCAAUGGACAGAAACCUGGAUAUGCAUCAAGGAACCCAAACAAUAAGAAAAAUGUUUUCCCGCCAAAAAGUUCUAAUUGUUCUUGAUGAUGUAGAUGAAUUAAGUCAACUAGAUGCAUUAGCAGGAGAUUGCACCUGGUUUGGUGAAGGAAGUCGGAUUAUUAUAACAACAAGAAAUGAGAGAUUGUUAUUGGCACAUGGAAUCAACGAAGAUAUAUAUAAUGUUGACUUGUUGAAUACUGAUGAAGCUCUUCAACUCUUUAGUCUUUAUGCAUUCAGAAUGAAUACUCCCACAAAAGGCUAUGAACAACAUGCACAUCUUGUUGUACAAUAUGCUGCGGGCCAUCCUUUGACCCUUAAAGUUUUGGGUAAUUCUUUACGUGGUAGAGACAUGAAGAAAUGGAUAACAACAAUGGAUAGACUUAAAGAAAUCCCAAAAACAGAAACUUUAGAGACAUUGAAAGUAAGUUUUGAUGCACUUGAAGAUAUCCAAAAGGAAAUUUUUUUGGAUAUUGCUUGUUUCUUUAAAGGGUGGCAUAGUGUGGAAGUAUACAAAAUACUUGAUUGUUGUGGAUUCGAUACAGAAAAAUGGGUAAGUGAUUUAGUACAAAGAGCUCUUGUAAGUAUUUCAAGUGAAAGGUUGGAUAUGCAUGAUAUGAUACAAGAAAUGGGACAACAUAUUGUUCAUGGAAAGAGUUAUAAAGAUCCCCAAAACCAUAGCAGAUUGUGGAAACCUCAACAAGUUUUGGAUGUACUUGUAUCAAAUAAGGGAACCGAAGAAAUUCAAGCCAUAGUGGUGGAGGGUUUUCAUAGUGCAGAAUCUUUAAAUUUUACUCUUGCGUUCAAGAACAUGACAAAUCUUAGACUGCUUCAUUUGGAUACCAAAGGAAUGCAUUUCAUAGGACCUGAAUAUCUUCCAAGUUCAUUGCAAUAUCUUAAUUGGAAAAACUACACUGCAAAUUCACUUCCAUCAAGUUUUGGAUCAGGGAAUCUUGUUGGAAUUCACAUGCAUUCCAGCAGUCUUGUGGAACUAUGGAAAGGAGUGAAGCAUCUACACAACCUGAAGUUCAUUGAUUGCCAAGAAUCAAAGAAACUUACCAAAACACCAAACUUCACAGGGAUCCCAAAUCUUGAAAGAUUGGAGCUUUCAGGUUGUAGCAGUUUGGUAAAGGUUCAUGAGUCAAUCGGGUGUCUAGAAAAGCUAAAAAGUCUGGAUCUUAGCAAUUGCUAUGAACUUAAAUCUUUCCCUUCUUAUAUCAUGAUGAAAUCCCUUGAAACUCUCAGUCUCAGACACUGUAAUAACUUAAGAAAAUUCCCAGAAAUCCAAGGAAAGAUGGAUAGAUUAUCACAUAUCUAUUUACACCAUACAUCAAUAGAACAACUUCCAGAAUCAAUUCUGAACAUAACAAAUCUAUCUGUUCUUAGUCUUCUUGGAUGUAUCAACCUAACAAGUCUUCCAAAUACUAUUUCCAUGUUACAAAGCCUGACAUAUCUUGAUGUCAGACGUUGCAUAAAACUUGCAACAUUACCCAAAGAUCUUGGAAACAUAGCUUCUUUAGAGCAUCUUCUUGUGUCCACUGUUACUCAACUACCAUCUUCCAUCAUCAACCUUAAAAACCUUAAAACCUUCUCUGCUGUAGAACCACCAUCUUCCAUUCCUCAGAAAAAAGGAUUCCUUGAUUGGUUCUUUGAACAUAAAAACUCAAAAAAGAAUAGUAAUCUGUCUAGACACUCAUUGUAUCAGUUUUUACCUUCUUUAUCGAGUUUGACUUCCUUGAAAGAAUUAGGGCUCUGUAAUUUACAUGAAGGAAUGACUCUACCAGUUGAUAUUGGCACUCUGUCAUCACUAGAGUACUUAAUCUUAUGUGACAACCAAUUUACUAAAUUACCCUUUAGCAUCUCCCAACUCUCUGUCCUCAAAAGGCUAGAUGUGUCAAACUGCCCGAGGCUUGAAGAACUGCCCGAGCUUCCACCUACUCUUGCCCUACUUUUUGCCAACAAUUGUAAAUCUUUAAGGACCAUAACCAGUCUCUCAUCAACCUUGCGACAGGUGUCAUUUCUUGGUUGCAGGAGAUUGGAAGAUCAACAUACAGUGCUAAAUAAAGCACUUCAGGGAUACAAUGUUGUGAAGCACCAGACUAGUGUUCUCCUUCCUGGAAUUGAAAUCCCAAAUUGGUUUCAAAGUGAGAGGACUGGAAUUGGGAAGACAGUAAUUGAGUUACCUGGGAAUUGGAACAAUGUAAUCACAGGGAUUUCAGUAUGUGUUGUUGCAGACUUGAUGGGGCUAACUAGGCCUAUCAGUUUGACUUUGUCAACAAAGCAGAUUCCUUUCACAAACAGGAAUGGCAUGUGUCAUUCCGAUAGAUUACAUUUGUGGAUGGAGUAUGUGUCAUUUGAUCUUCUUCAAUGCUCAUAUGAGGGGAUUCUUCAGGAUGAUUGGAUUACAACCACUCCAGGUCUUAUCUUGACUGUUUCAACAGAGACUAGUGGUGUAAAGAUAUGUGGGGUCCGUUUUGUUUACAAAGAUGUUAAUUUGGAAGAAAUGAGUAGUGUGGAUAGCUGUGUUAUGAAGAAAGAAUCAAAGUUUUUAAGAUGUUUUAAAGAGAUGGAAUUUGAUGGUGUAACUUACAGUUUGCAGCCUGGAGUAAAAUAUGUCUGUGAUGGAGAUGCAACAUUUGACAGGUUGUCAUGGAAUGAGAAGCAUGAAUGUUAUAGAUCAGGUAGAUCAUUGAUCAAAGUAGGAAUGAAUAUUCUUGAUUAA